AUAACCUUGAGAAUGGAACAAGAUUCCGUUCAGUAAAUAAAAUGUUUUUUGUCUUCAUCGAAGCAGCCAAUUAGUGUGUUUUACUGUUUGGAUAGUUUUCCAAAAAGAUGAACAAAUGGAAAAAAUGAGUCCACUGAUGGGAUUCUGGGAGAAAUUGCGGAUGAAAUUAGAUCGUGUUUCAUCAACUCAAACACCAACAUCGGAGAAUCAUAAAACAGAAACCAACACAACUAUACCUAACUGUUUGACAACUCAUUCGACAAAUAGUUCCGUUCCAACGCCAGUGACUGUCAAUGUCUAUGAUAUGUUGUGGAUAAAUGAUUACGUUAGUUCUCUUGGUAUUGGAGUUUAUCAUACAGGAGUUGUAGUUCAUGGAAUUGAAUAUUCAUAUGGUGGACAUCCAUUAACUAACUCUGGAGUAUUCUCUAUGCUACCAAGAGAUUCUGCUUAUUUAGGCGAAAAUUAUUCUUACAAAGUGACACUAUCCAUGGGAUAUACAGAUUUUACAGCUUCCGACGUUCCUUUAUUACUAGAGAGUAUAACAACAGAUUAUCGUGGUGAUCAAUAUCAUUUAUUAAAUAAAAACUGUAAUCAUUUCUCUGAUACAUUUGUUCAGUUACUUUGUGGUCGAUCUUUGCCUAAAUGGAUAAAUCGAUUGGCUACAAUUGGUUCCAAACUUCCAUUUAUUGAACGUACACUACCAGUUGAAUGGUUGAAACCACAUCAACAGAUUAAUAAUCAUAUAAAUAAAGAAGAAAAAUAUGACAAUGAUAUAGAAUGUAUAAAACAAUCAAAUCAUUUCAAUACACAAACUACUUCAUUACAUAAUAUUAGAAGAAUUAGUACAAUAGAACGUUUACAAAAUUGUAUACAUCGUUUACAUAAAGGUAAUAUACAUAAACGUGUACAAAAUCAUCAUGAUCAUCAUUUAAUAAAUUCUGAUACAUAUUCAUUAAUUGAUAUUCCAUUUAAUGAAAAAACACAAAUUGAUUAUGAUUUAUAUUUAUAUUUAACACAAUCUGAAACAUUUUAUACAUCUAAUUCUAAUGAUAUAUACAAUAGAAAAAUUAAUCCUUCUGUUACUAUGACAAAUAAUCCAUUGAAUGUUAAUAUUCAUCAUGGUAUAAAUCAUCCAUCAAUUCAUUUAAAUCAUUCUUAUCAGAAUUGUAUUCAUCAAUCUAUAGAUGAUUUAUUUACAAAUAAAAUAAUAUCAUCUCAUAGUAUUUCAUUACCUUUAAUACCAUUCAAUCAUUCUGAAUAUUCUUGUAAAUCUUUAUUAAAAUCUAUAAAACGAUCUCAAUCUAUUGCGUUAGAUAAUAACAUAACAAGGAACAUUUAAAAAGAAAAAAAUAUAUUAGUUUUUUUUUCAUAGAAAAAUAUAAAUUAUUAGUAUGUUUUUCGAUGUAUAUCCAUAUUCUCAGGAAUGUAAUUCAUAGAUUCAUACUGUUUUUCACUUAUACCAAUUUGUUUAUAUGAAUUGGCACAAUUUAGCUCAAAAUUUAAAUGAUAUAAAUUGAUUGUUUAUUUUCUAUUUUUCUUUUUUUUUCUCUUGUAUUUUCUUCUUUACAAUAUUGAUUGAUUGUAUUGUUAUAUGGUGUAGAUCUACAAUUUCAUACAUGCUAUACAGUUUUUUUUUACAUUUUGACAACAACAAUAACAAGAGAAAUACAUAAAGAAAGUUAUUCAAACUAAUAAAAUGAUGAUUUAUGGACGACGUUGGAGUAACGCUAAAGUCACCUAAUAACUAGGAUUAAAUGAUGUUUAUCAUCCAGUGUGUAGAAUUAAAAUUCUGAUUUAUAUUUAAUGAUUAAGGUUAAAAAUUAGAUUUAGGAUUUUCAUCAACAAACUGAUAUCAGCUAUAAUGACAAAAAACUCUAUUUAGACAAAUAAAUGGAUGAAUUUGGCUCUAGAAUCCGAGAUCUGUUAUCUUAUAUGUGAUUGGUUCAUCCAUAAAUUAUACUCUCUGAGACUUGUUAUCUUAUACCUGAUUGGUUCGUUCAUAAAUUAUCAUCUCGUCAAUUGUUUCUUUUUUUUUGCUAUUCAUUAUGGAAUAUUUGUCUAAACAGAAGAACACAUGCACAUGAACGUAUAAAAAUUGUUGAGCUUCAGUUGUUGUUUUUUUUUUUGUUUUCGUUUCAUUUUUUUUCUCUAAUAAGAAAUAAAUAGAACUAUAAAUUGUAUUUUAGGUAUUUUCUGAGAGAAAACAAAAAGAGCUUUAUAUAUUCCCUAACAAGUAAAUGAAUUUGUUAAAUAAAUCUAUUUUACAUAUUAUUAUUGUUUACUCAUUUAUUACAUCAUUCAUAAUAGUUGUGUUUUUAUGUUGUCAAAAUAUAUAUAUAUAUAUAUAUAUA